CUGAUGCUUCUGUCUGGGCUGCAGGGUAACCCCCCCGUGGGCCGGGCUGGGAGUGCAGCCAGUGCCCCCUGGGUCUCUGUGCCCCAGCCUGUGAGCGGUCCCAGACUCCCCAGUGAUCACCCCUGCCAUGAGGGCAGGCCUCCGAGCCUGGGCUUCUGGGCUCCAGCCCUCCUGCGUCUCCCCUGAGCUCUGCCCAGGAGUCCCACUGCACUAGAUUCCUGCUCCGAGAUCUCAGGGACCCGCUGCACCCCCAGCAGCCUGUUGUUAGCCAGCAGGGCCCAGCCCCCCCUGUCCUGGGCGCGGCCCGGGGAGGCAGAGGAGAAGCCGGAGUUGAGGCUGGGCAGUGCCGGGCUCCACCAGCCGGUUGCUGUGGAUCUGCUCCUGUCUCUUGGUCCCGGAGAGCCUGUGUCUCAGAGCCCAGCCCUUAGCCCAGCCUCCGGCACCUCUCCGGCCCUCGCCCUGCUGAGCCCGCGCGGCCCUGCCCGACGCCUGGCAUCAGGCUCAGCCCCUGGGGCUCCCAGUGCCUGGCCAGAUCCUGUGUCGAAGCGGGUCGGUUGCAGCCAGGCCUUAGCGGGCCAAUCGCACCAGCCACGUGCCCCAGGCCCCCUGCUUUGCCCCGGGAGCAGCUUCAACCCUUUGCACCCGCCGGGCACAGAGGCAGAGCUCCUCGCAGUGACACGUCCCCACGUUGGCCACCGGGCGCCGCCCCCCGGGCACCGAGUAAUGGCCGGACUCUUUGUUUCCCUCCUUGCAGCGCUCAUUGAGGAGGAGGAGGCUGGGUGAGUGGCUGGCGUCUGCCCCCGGGGCUUGGACCCGUUAGCUCUGACCCAGGGCGGUAAGAGCAGGGCGCCGGCGCCCCCGGGGGCCAGAGGGGGGCAGAGCCCUCAGGAACACCCCCCCCCCUGGAGGACACAGGAGCAGGGCCCUCAGGAAUGGGGGCCCCCGGGAGCUGGGGGUGGGGGUGCGCUCAGGAACAGGGCCCCCUGGGGGUCAGAGAGGGGGGUGCCCUCCGGAAGGCCAUGGGUUUCGAGGGCAGGUACCUCCCUCGCUGGGGUGACAUGGGGAGGGCAGAGCAGAGACCACCCCCCCGGCAUGGGGCCUACAGGGGCCACCCUGCCCCUCAUGGGUGGUGGGCCCCACUGAGCCGUGAGCCCAGGGGACUGGCCCUCAGGGCUCUGCGUGGGCCCCUCUGUCCCCCUCCCCUCUGUGUCUCACUAGACCCAGGCUCCGGCCUUCUCUGCUCUUCCAGGAAGCAGCAGGAGACGCCGUCAGCCGCCUCUAGCCCCAGCCUGUCCUCGGCCGCCACCACGGACACGGAGGCUGCGGGUGGGGAGGAGCAGGAGACGCCUGCGCUGGGGAGCUUGGCCGAAGGCCCGGAGGAGGCAGCCCUGCAGCAGGAGGAAGUGACCAGCAGUGGCGACCCCGGCCGGCGGGAGGAGGAGGAGGAGGGGGGGGCCGGGGAGAGGUGCGCCUGCAGCUGGAGCACCAAGGAUGAGGCCAAGCUGGCCUUUAAGGAGCUGCUGAAGGACAAGGGCGUCCCCUCCAACACCUCGUGGGAGCUGGCCAUGAAGAUGAUCGUGGACGAUCCGCGGUACAGUGCCCUGCCCAAGCUGAGUGAGAAGAAGCAGGCCUUCAAUGCCUACAAGGCCCAGCGGGAGAAGGAGGAGAAGGAGGAGGCUCGGCUGAGGGCCAAGGAGGCCAAGGAGGAGCUGCAGCGGUUCCUGGAGCAGCACGAGCGAAUGAGCUCCAUCACCCGCUACAGGAAAGCUGAGCAGAUGUUUGGGGAGCAGGAGGUUUGGGCUGUGGUCCCCGAGCGCGACCGCAAGGAGAUCUACGAUGACGUGCUGUUCUUCCUGGCCAAGAAGGAGAAGGAACACGCCAAGCAGCUGCGCAAGCGGAACAUCCAGGCCCUGAAGAACAUCCUGGACAGCAUGAGCAACGUCAGCUUCCAGACCACCUGGUCCGAGGCCCAGCAGUACCUGAUGGACAACCCCACCUUCGCCGAGGACCAGGACCUGCAGAACAUGGACAAGGAGGAUGCACUGAUCUGCUUCGAGGAGCACAUCCGCACGCUGGAGAAGGAGGAGGAGGAGGAGAAGGAGAAGACGAAGCUGCGUGAGAGGCGCCAGCAGCGGAAGAACAGAGAGGCUUUCCAGGCCUUUCUGGAUGAGCUGCACGACAAGGGGCAGCUGCACUCCAUGUCUACCUGGAUGGAGCUGUACCCCUCGCUGAGCGCCGACGCCCGCUUUGCCAACAUGCUGGGCCAGCCCGGCUCCACCCCCCUGGACUUGUUUAAAUUCUACGUGGAGGAUCUCAAGGCUCGUUUCCAUGACGAGAAGAAGAUCAUCAAGGACAUCUUAAAGGAUCGUGGCUUCGGCGUGGAGGUGAACACGACCUUCGAGGACUUCGCCCACGUGAUCAGCUUUGACAAGAGGGCAGCCACGCUGGACGCAGGCAACAUCAAGCUCACCUUUAACAGCCUGCUGGAGAAGGCUGAGGCGCGGGAGCGGGAGCGGGAGAAGGAGGAAGUGCGCAAGCUGCGCCGCCGGGAAGCAGCCUUCAAGAGCAUGCUGAAGCAGGCGGCCCCGCCCCUGGAGCCCGGCUCCUCCUGGGACGAGGUGCGGGAACGCUUCGUCAGUGACCUGGCCUUCGAGCAGAUCACGCUGGAGUCAGAGCGGAUCCGGCUCUUCAGGGAGUUCCUCCAGGUGGUGGAGAACGAGUGCCAGCACUACCACGCCAAGGCCAAGAAACACACCAAGAGAGGCAGGAAGCACCAUCGGAAGCGCUCGCAGUCGGGCUCAGAGUCGGAGCUGGAGUCCCAUCACCAGCGGGCCCAGAAGAGGAAGAAGCGGAAUCACUCGGAGUCCGGCUCGGAGCUCUCCUCCUCGCCCGACUCAGAUCUCAGCUCCCGCAAGUCCAGGAAGCAGAAAAAGAAAAGCAAGAAGAAGAGGCACAAAUCGAACAGCCCCCAGAGCGAGGGCGAGCGAGGGAAAGAGAAAGGCAGGAAGGGGAAGGAGAAGGAGCCGGAGCGGGCGGAGGGGCGACGGCACUCCCCCCAGCGCAGCCUCAAGAGGGAGAAGAGCGUCUGGGACACGUCGGACAGUGAGCCGAGCGAGGGCGAGCUGGAGAAGCGGCGUCGGACGCUGCUGCAGCAGCUGGAUGACGAUCAGUAGCCAGGUCUGCGGGACUGUCGCUGAGCUGGGGCUCCCUGGGGCCCCUGUGGGGCACCCUCAGCUCCCCACCCCCUGCCCAGCCUGGGGAGAGGCUCCGGACAACUUGGUGCUGGCGAGGGGCUUCUGCUCUGCCCCAGGACUGGGGGCUCCCGAGAGAGCAGAGAGGGGGUGCCCCGCUCCGCCCAGGACUCCUUCCCCCCGUCCCUGUGGAUCCCCCCUGCACCCGAGGACCCGUCGCCCCCGGGGCUGCUGUGACCACCUCCGCUUGGCCGGCCCCUCGGCGCUCAGAGGACCGGCCCCAGGACGGCAGCGCUUUGGAUGGUGGGGCCCUGGGGCGAAUGCGGCUCGGAGCUGGCUCUCACACGUGGUUCCGUGGAUGCCCCCGGGCCCUGGCGCCGAGGAUCGUGGGCGCCUGGGGCUCGCCGCGGGGGCGUGUGCUGCUGAGUAGCCGGGACCCUCGGGCCUCUCGUACUCUGGGAAUUAAAGGGGUUUUUUAAAUAAUAAUAUUUAUAAAUGUG